CUCACCCCGCCUCAAAAGGUAGGUAGUCCGCUACACUCAGCUGCAUCCACCCUCUCCUGAUCCACUCUCAGGGCUUCCUCCUCCGUCUAAAAAACGCGACCGCGCAGCUCCGUGGCUGUAUGGUGAAAAAUGGAGACCUUCAAUCAUAAACUGAACACAUACAUUGAGUCAUGGAUGGGUCCCAGAGAUCAGCGGGUUCGUGGAAUGCUGCUGCUCGACAACUACCCAACAACCUUUGCACUCACAGUCAUGUACCUUCUGAUCGUUUGGAUGGGGCCCAAGUACAUGAAACACAGGCAGCCGUACUCCUGCAGAGCCCUCCUGGUGUUCUACAAUCUGGGCCUGACGCUCUUGUCCUUUUACAUGUUCUAUGAGCUUGUUACAGCUGUGUGGUAUGGCGGCUACAACUUCUACUGCCAGAACACACACAGUGCACCGGAAGUGGAUAAUAAGGUGAUAAACGUCCUCUGGUGGUACUACUUUUCCAAGCUCAUUGAGUUCAUGGACACCUUUUUCUUCAUACUACGAAAGAAUAAUCACCAGAUCACCUUUCUUCACAUCUACCACCAUGCUAGCAUGCUGAAUAUCUGGUGGUUUGUUAUGAACUCGAUACCCUGUGGCCAUUCAUUCUUCGGUGCCUCCCUAAACAGCUUCGUCCACGUUGUGAUGUAUUCUUACUAUGGCCUCUCAGCCAUUCCAGCCAUCCGGCCAUACCUUUGGUGGAAGAAGUACAUCACUCAGUUACAGUUGAUCCAGUUCUUUUUAACCGUGUCCCACACAGUGUUAGCAGUCAUAUGGCCAUGUGGCUUCCCCAUUGGAUGGCUGUACUUCCAAAUAAGCUACAUGUUCACACUCAUUAUCCUUUUCUUGAAUUUCUACAUUCAGACUUACAAGAAGCGGGGCAGUUCUCAGAGGAAGCAUCCACAGAACGGCUCCCCGCUAUCAACAAAUGGACACGCUAACGGGACGCCAUCGACGGACCUCACUGCACCCAAGAAACUGAGGAUGGAUUGACAUUUGAGAAACUUAUUUCUCAGUGUAGUGUGUUAGCUAAUGCUGCUAGAUGUCUUCUUACCUAGAAUAGCCUAGCACUUACUUCAGAUGAAACAAGCCAUACCCACCUACAGUAUAUUCAGAGACUCUCCAUGUUUUUGCACACAUUGCUACUCACAGUACCGAUUAAUGAAGAACAUUUCGUUGUAAGGUUGACACUGUAUGAUAUUGCCUUUCCCACCUCUAGAGGUAAUUUACUCCAAAGCAAACAUGUCGUUCUUGCUACCAGCGAACAAGCACACAUUUAGACUCAUUGAGUAAAGCUUUACACACGGAAGAUCAAAAACAUGUCGGCCGCUGCAGGUUUUACAACACUUGAUGAUGUCAACCUGAGAGACAACUGAAAAUCACACACACUGCUUACUGUGGUCCUUAAUGUGUAACUAGAAUAUGCAUCUGGUGUCUUGCUUUUAUCUCAUUCCUGCCUCAGCAGUUGCAUAAUCUUGAAUUUUGCUGUCUGUAAUACUCAUAUGCAUAUUUACUAAGAGGCUGCAACAGCUGAAAUUUCACAUUGCAGAAAACUUUUUAGCAGUGUAUUCAGCGUUCUAACAAAUACAUAACCAAAGCGGUGUGUCCUGCACACGCUAGGAUUUCUGUUUGAAAAACAGUGUGACAGGGCAACAGUGGCAUUUUGAGAAUAGAUUUAGUUCUGCUUAACAACUGCACAAAACUCAGUCUUCCCUUGCACACUGUUACACUGAGCUUUUAAGACCAUAAAUAUAACUUAAUUAAAUAAACCUAUGCCAUUACUGCUGCAGUGUAACUGCUUAUUUUUAACUGUUUAGAUCAGAUGCAGCAAGUAAAGAGAAUCAUAGUGUUUAUGGCUAAGUAAUUAAAUACAUUGUAUUCAGACAAACUAUACCGUUAGCUAUGAAAGAUCACUGCUGACUGUGGAUAAAGCUGUUGAAAAAGCAAUCUUACUCCAAUAUUAGUAGCCCAGACAGAACAUGUACGAUCUGUUUGAACACACAAUUACUCAAAAACUGGAAAAAUUUCAGCAACUGGAACUUUAUAUAAAAAGCUCAGAUAUUAAACUUUAAUAAUUAAUAUAAUAUUAUUAAACACUACUAAUAAUAAUAAUUUUAUUAUUUUUACAUAAAUAGGGUGCCUUCUGGACCACUUAAUUUGGUUUCCAAUGUAGCAUUUUGUCAUUUUUAAUUAGCAUUAAUUUUAGUCCAUGUCAGACGAAGAUGUCUAACUUCCUGCCUGCAUCCUGUGCCUGAAUCUACAGUUUUUUGAAAUUCUCAAAUUUCCCAAAUUUGCUAAACACAAUUUGAGGCUGAUGAAACUUAUAUUAGCUAGGAUAUAUGCUUGUUCUCUGCUAGUCUAGCUUAGCGCAGCUAAAGACUAGCCUUUUUCUGUUCAAAGUAACUAAAACCUCUAAAGCUCGCUGCAUGUGGACACAGCCAGACUAGCUUUUCUCACAGUUCCCUUCAUGCUAAGCUGCUGGCUGUAGCUCCAUAUUUAGCAUAGAGACAGCCGCAAGAUGGUAAACAAGUAUAUUUCCGCUAUUCCUCUCACAUUUUCCAAAAAUAAAUGACUGCUUUCAAUGAGGGAAGGUUUUAGUGAUUAAACUAUUUAAUUCAUAUUCAUUAUGUUAAUGAUAUUUUAUUCGUUUUUAAAUUCCUAGCAGAGGAGGUAGUAAAUGCUGGUAUAGAAAAUAAAUGUAGAAGGGUAGUUAAAGUAUGAAUCUUAAAUCUGACACUGUACCCAAUAAAUCAUACAGGCAUGUCAUGAUGUGUAAUAAUAUGCACUGAGAUCAAAAAUUUUCUAGACUGUUAAAUAGAUAUAUUUUACUGAAAUUAGGUGGUGAAUCUAGGUUGAUGUUUCAACUCAUGUUUAUUCACUGUAACACAUUAAAAAAAAAAAACUUA